UGUGGACAAUACAACUGGCAAGAUGUCAAAAGUGGAAAUAGUGAUUCUUCUACUGUUGCACGCCCUAAUUAGCGAGGGUAAGCCCUUGCCCGCAGGUGUCUACGACCCAGAAGAGGCUGGUGGAUUUGUAGAAGGCGACAUGAUGUUGACGACGGAGCAGAAAAAUACUCUUUCUUUUGGCCCCAAGGCUAGGAAUGGGCUUAUAAAUACAGAGAAGCGGUGGCCUCAGAAUGUAGUGGUCUAUAGAAUAUCCAACGACUUUGAUAACUUGCACAAAAAGGCCAUCGAAACUGCCAUUGAAACGUUGGAGCGAAACACCUGUAUAAUAUUCCGAGAGGCCACGGACGACGACGCCGCGUAUCUCACGGUAACUGCAAAUACUGGAGGUUGUUACACUGCAGUUGGUUAUCGUGGAGAGCCGCAGGAAAUGAACCUGGAAAUAUAUCCUGUGGGAGAAGGAUGCUUCAGGCCCGGAACCAUCCUGCACGAAUUCAUGCACGCCCUGGGAUUCUACCAUCAGCAAAGCUCCGCCAUACGGGACGGAUUCGUCAACGUGGUCUACGAAAACAUAGUGCCAGGCAAGGAGUUCAACUUUGAAAAGUAUUCAGACUCAGUAGUGACAGACUUCGAUCUGGGGUACGACUACGACAGCUGCCUACACUACAGGCCGGGCGCAUUCUCUAUAAACGGCGAGGACACCAUAGUUCCUUUGGACUCAAGCGCGCAAAUUGGACAACGUUUGGGUCUCAGUUCCAAGGACAUAGACAAGAUCAACAUCAUGUACAAGUGCCCGAUUUUGGUGUGAUUUGAGAAAUAUGGGUUUUCUGUACCUGUGAUAUGUUUAAACUAAUUACAUGUAUAAAUUAUUUACCGACUGGAGCGAUUAGAUCAGUUUUUUAGAUCCAAGCUGUCACUGUCGGAGGUGCAUGUUCUAUAUAUUUAUAAAAGCGUAAAUUAAAGCAACUUACUUCUUUAUGACUCUUA